AUGGAGAAAGACGAUCUUCCUAAGUACAGCGUCACAGACGAGUACCAAUACCAACCAUUACGUCGCCGACGUCAAAUCAAGAAGCGUAUCGCCAGCGCCGCCCUGGUCUGUCUUGGCUACCUCUUAUAUUCACAAUGGUACACUCAGCAAGGAGCUGUUCCAUCUCACCUCUCUAUUGAACGCCUCGAGGCCGAUUAUGCGAAGUGUGCUCAACUUCGCUCCGUCCCGAAGGAUCCGAGUGGUCCUCGCGAUCGCAAUGCUCGAUUCGUUGAUGGUCACAACCCCGUCCUCAUUCGCAAUGCCACUGUCUGGACUGGGGAGCCAAGCACCUCUGUGACAGAGGCUGAAGCUCGUGAGGGCAAAGGCUACGCCUGGACCCCAUCCGAUGUACUGCUUGAGAAUGGUCUCAUCAUUCGCGUGGAGCCAGACAUCCCGGACCACGAUCUCCCGAAAGACUGCGAAGUCAUCAACGUCCAUGGCCGCCAACUCACCGCUGGUAUUGUCGACAUGCACUCGCACGCUGGCGUUGACACUCUUCCGGUUCUGGAAGGAUCCUCGGAUGAUAACGAGCUGUCCAACGACAUCACACCUUACGUCCGCUCCCUUGAUGGCUUGAACCCGCUUGAUCCGCAGAUACGUGUGAUAAUGUCAGGCGGUGUGACUACCUCGCUCAUUUUGCCUGGUGAUGGCAACAAUAUAGCUGGAUCGGCCUUCGUUAUCAAGCACGCCGUGGGCAAGGAAGCCGGUAGGCCGGAGCUGAGCAUUGAGAGUCUGCUUGCGGACCCGGACAAGAACCACCGAUACAUCAAGAUGGCCUGUGGCGAGAACGCUAAGAACGUUUACGGGCAAGUAGGACGUGGAUUUGGUCCCUUCUCUCGAUUAGGAGAAGCAUGGUACUUCCGCCGCUCCUUUGAGAAAGCCAGAAAUUACAAGGAAGCCCAGGACGAUUGGUGUGCGGCAGCGGAUCGAGUUGGUGCGAAACAAAUGACAACAUACCUCCCAUCCGAACUUGAGUGGGAGACGCUCUCAGCAGUUCUUCGAGGCCAGGUCUUUGUGAACACCCACUGUUACACGAUUCCCGAUCUUGAGAGCUUCAUCGGAUACACGAACGAGUUCAAGUUUCAGAUCAGAGCCUUUCAUCAUGGGCACUCCACGCCGUUCAUCCCAGAGGUUCUCAAACGAGCGUACGGUGGAAGACCUCCAGCAGCCGCUCUCUUUGCCGACAAUAUGUACUACAAGGCGGAAUCUUAUCUUGCCACUGAGCAAGCUGGGAAGAUGCUCUAUGAAUCUGGACUCACGCCAGUGUACGUGUCCGACAACCCGGUCCUCAACGCGCAGCAUGUGGUAUUCGAGGCCGCCAAGGCACACAAGAAUGGUCUGAAGUAUCACGUUGCCCUUGCUGGUGUCACAAGUGCCUCUGCUGAAUUGCUUGGGCUGGGAGAGAGAAUCGGGAAAGUGAAGCCGGGCUUCGAUGCCGAUGUCGUUGUCUGGGAUUCGGAUCCGCUUGCUGUUGGCGCCACACCAAUCCAGGUUUUCAUCGAUGGAGUCGCUCAGUUCAAAGAACCUAUCAAACUGGACAAGCCACUGACACCGCCACUUGGUCCAUCGACGUUCAAAGACCCGUCACCGAAAUUGGAUGAGGUGAGCGACAUUGUCAUCACUGGGGUGACUCGUGUUCUGCUCUCCGGCCACGAGCAGACCCUCGAUGCCAAUGCUGGCAAUGUCGUAGUCUCGAACGGCAGCAUUGUCUGUAUGGGAGCAUGCGAGUCUCACAUAUCAGAGUCGGCGAGUGUUAUGCAUCUCCAAGACGGUCACAUCGCACCCGCUCUGACUGCAUUCGGCUCUCUGCUCGGUCUAGAGGAGAUCGCUUCCGAGCGCGACACACAGGACGGUGCCAAUAACGAGGGUUCCUUCAGCAGAGCGAUUGACGGCUUGAAAUUCGAAGGUAAAGGUCUCGCCGCCGCAUUCAACCACGGAGUGACCAAAGCCAUCUCUGCGCCGAAAUUUGGCUCCUCUUGGCGCAAAGGUGUGAGUGCAGGAUUUCGAGUUGCAGCUAAGCAUGCCCUGGAAAAGGACGCGGUAUUCGCACCUCUGGUCGCUCUGCAUUACACGAUGGCCAGAGGACAGAAGACUCCUUCGACCUCCAGCACAGUUGCGGACUUGAAGUACAAGCUCCUCGGCGCUGUCCACGCCUCGAAGAAGUCAGAGGAUCGCACGGACGAAGACUUGUACCUGUCUCAGGUCGUGGCCGGGAACAUGUCUUUGGUGAUCGGCGUCCAUUCUGCGGAUACCAUCGCUUCUCUGCUGCGUUUGAAGCACGAAGUCGAAGCCGCAAUGGUCAAGAAGUCUUCCUCAUCCAGUGCACACCUCCGCCUCGUCCUUCUUGGUGCUGCUGAGUCUCAUCUCCUUGCGGAGGAACUUGCCGCCGCCAAAGUGGGCGUCUUCCUUGCUCCACUCUUCUCCUAUGCCACAACCUGGGACCAACGCCGGGCUCUGACCGGAGCGCCUCUGACCAACGGCACUGCCAUCGACGUGCUGCAUGCCGCUGGCGUGAAAGUGGCAAUCGGCGUCGACGAGGACUGGGAAUCGAGGGACUUGUACUUGCAGGCAGGCACCGUACUUGUCAAUGGAGGUGGUAAGAUCAGCGAAAAGGAGGCUUUAGGCUUCGUAGAUCGCAACAUUUACGACAUUCUUGGAAUUGAGGAGGAAGCCGAAAAGAAGAUAAGCGAAUUCGUGGUCAGUGAGGGGAGCCCACUGACGAUCCAGGGCCAGAUCAGGGCCGUGGCGGACGGUAGGGGCAUGGUCAGGAUGUUGUGA